GGGGGUGGGGCCCGCGCCUGCGUGAGGCGCUCGGUGCACUUGCCCCAGGCGCGGGCGCGCUGGAGAGCGGUGUAGGGCGGCAGUGGAGGGAGCUCGGCGAUGGGGAGCGGCGGUGUGAUCCAUUGUAGGUGUGCCAAGUGUUUCUGUUAUCCUACUAAGCGAAGAAUCAAAAGAAGGCCCAGAAACUUAACCAUCUUGAGUCUCCCAGAAGAUGUACUCUUUCAUAUCCUGAAAUGGCUUUCUGUUGGGGAUAUCCUUGCUGUCCGAGCUGUCCACUCCCACCUCAAGUACUUGGUGGACAACCAUGCCAGUGUGUGGGCAUCUGCCAGCUUCCAAGAGCUGUGGCCUUCUCCGCAGAACCUGAAGCUCUUUGAAAGGGCUGCUGAGAAGGGGAAUUUUGAAGCUGCUGUGAAGUUGGGGAUUGCCUACCUCUACAAUGAAGGCUUGUCUGUGUCGGAUGAGGCCUGCGCGGAAGUGAAUGGCCUGAAGGCCUCUCGCUUCUUCAGUAUGGCUGAGAGAUUGAAUACGGGUUCUGAGCCCUUCAUCUGGCUCUUCAUCCGCCCACCAUGGUCAGUGUCUGGAAGCUGCUGCAAGGCCGUGGUCCAUGACAGCCUCAGGGCAGAGUCUCAGUUACAAAGAAGUCAUAAAGCUUCCAUACUACAUUGCUUGGGAAGGGUGCUAAAUCUUUUUGAGGACGAAGAGAAAAGGAAGCAGGCUCAUAAUCUUUUGGAAGAGUCCGCUCAUCAGGGAUGCUUGGCCAGCUCAUACCUCCUUUGGGAAAGUGACAGGAAGGUGGAUAUGUCUGACCCCGGCCGAUACCUUCACAGCUUCCGGAAACUCAGGGACUACGCCGCCAAAGGCUGCUGGGAAGCACAGCUGGCUUUGGCCAAAGCCUAUGCAGGUGGAAGCCAGCUUGGACUGGAAGGGAGGGCCUGCAGUGAGUCGGUCUGCCAGCUCUUCCAGGCCUCCCAGGCCAUCAACAAGCAGCAGAUAUUCUCUGUGCAGAAGGGGCUCAGCGACACCAUGAGGUACAUUCUAAUCGACUGGUUGGUGGAAGUUGCCACAAUGAAGGACUUCACAAGCCUGUGUCUUCACCUGACGGUGGAGUGUGUAGACCGGUAUCUGCGGAGGAGGCCGGUACCCCGAAACAAGCUCCAGCUCCUAGGCAUUGCGUGCAUGGUCAUCUGCACCAGGUUCAUCAGCAAAGAGAUUCUGACGAUUAGAGAGGCUGUGUGGCUCACAGACAACACGUAUAAAUACGAGGACUUGGUACGCGUGAUGGGGGAGAUCAUCUCCGCCCUGGAAGGGAGGAUUCGGAUCCCUACCGUGGUUGACUAUAAAGAGGUCCUGCUGACACUGGUCCCUGUCGCACCCAGAACCCAGCACCUAUGCAGCUUCCUCUGUGAGCUCACCCUGCUGCACACCAGCCUGUCCAUCUAUGCCCCAGCCCGCCUGGCCUCUGCAGCCCUGCUCCUGGCCAGACUGAUGCAUGGGCAGACACAGCCCUGGACCACUCAGCUGUGGGACCUCACUGGGUUCUCCUACAGUGACCUCGUGCCCUGCGUCUUGAGCCUUCAUAAGAAGUGUUUCCAUGAUGCUGCACCCAAAGACUACAGACAAGUCUCUCUGACAGCCGUGAAGCAGCGAUUUGAGGAUAAGUGCUAUGAGGAAAUCAGCCAGGAAGAGGUACUGAGCUAUGCUGAAUUGUGCAGUGCGUUAGGUGUGAAGCAGGAGAGCCCGGAUCCCCCAUCUUUCCCUAACACCGGGGAGAUCCACACUUUCCUCAGCUCACCCUCCGGGAGGAGAAGCAAACGGAAGCGAGAGAAUAGCCUUCAGGAGGACAGAGGCAGCUUUGUCACCACGCCCACCGCAGAGCUAUCGAACCAGGAGGAGACAUUGCUAGGCAGCCUUCUGGACUGGAGCCUGGACUGUUGCUCUGGCUAUGAGGGAGACCAGGAGAGCGAAGGCGAGAAGGAGGGUGAUGUCACAGCUCCCAGCGGGCUCCUUGACGUCACUGUGGUCUACCUGAACCCAGAAGAGCAUUGCUGCCAGGAGUCCAGUGAUGAGGAAGCCUGGCCAGAGGACAAGAUCCACCUAGCACCAGCCACCCAGGCCCCUCCAGCCUCAGCUCCCAGGCCCCUUCUCUGCAACAGAGGAGAUCCAGGCAAGGACAUUACAACCUCAGGAUACUCCUCUGUCAGCAGCUCAAGUCCAAUAAGCUCCCUGGAUGGUGGCAUGGGGGGCUCUCCCCAAUCUACCUCAGUACUCUCUGUGGGCAGCCACUCAAGCACAAAGCCCUGCUACCAUCAGGCCAAGAAGUCAUGUUUACAAUGUCGUCCCCCAAACUCCCCAGAGAGCGGUGUUCACCAGCAACCGGUAAAGCGCCAAAACCUAUCUGUACACAGUGAUGAGGACGCGAACCUGGGCUUCCUGAAGCUCUGAGUGUGUUAGCCUUCGUCACGUCAAUGUUUACUGAGGGAGGGCUCCUGUUUCACUAGGACACUGCUGACGGGUGCCGAGUAGAUCCUUAGGGGAGUACAGUGCAAACUGUCAGACAUCGAGCUCGGUGAAGAGCUUAGCCUCUUGGUUUUGGACAGCAGCCUCCCAGCUGCCAUGCAUACCUGUGAAACCCAGCCCUCUCUCCCUUCUGUGUCCUGCUGGCACGAGCCUCUGUGUUGGCAUUCACUAUCCAAGGCCAGGAGCUGACAGCUUCCUUGGAAUACUAGUAGCCUGGGUCGCCUAAGACAGUUUCAAACCCCUGCUGGCGAGUCUUAUUUUAGACCAGUGGGGAGCUCUCAACUGAACACAGCACUGUCUUCCCCCAACCCCCCCCACCUCUUCAGCCUAGGGAGCCUGUGUCCCUGCAUAUCAGUGUUGUGUAUGGUGUGUGAGGCCCUUGAAGCUGGGGUUGCAGGCGUCCCUGUCCCUCCCAGAGUGGUUUGUCUGUGUCCUUGUUGUAUCCAUGUGACCACGUUUCUGCACUGAAUUUCUAGAACAUUCUUUGCCCGUCUUUAUUUCUAUGUGUCUUCUAAUGGGGAAAAAAGGGAAGCAUUUGAAAUAGAGGGUAUUAAAUAAAAAGAUAACAGAUCCCCAAUAUUACUGUGCUUCAACUGAAAAAAAGGAAAUCUAGUCCUGCAUGGUGCCUCAACAGUCACAGCCAUCCCAGCAGCCAGAAGGAUGGAUGGCACCUGAAAGCUCCAAGUCAGCCUGGGCUGGGUCAUCUAACCUCAGAAACGGAAACUGAUACCCGCCCCACCCCUUCCUUACGGGAAAUGAAUCUUUUUAGAGGAUAAACAAUCACUUGUAAAACCCAGGCCCACAAAGAUGCAGGAGAGCGAGAAGUGAGAAGAGUUGCUGGUUCGGUAGCUGGAUUCCAUGGGAAGAAACCAGAGGGCUGGUCCCUUUGUGCUUGUCAGAGAACGCUCUGCCUUGUGGUUUAUGUGGCAGCUGUCCUCAAACCGGGGUACAGCUGUCGUGGGGAUCUGCUGAAGCCUGAGCAGACAACGCUGACCCUGCCUACCAAGUGUACUUCUGUCUCCUUUUGAAGAAAGUACCAGGAGUGCCCCAGAUGCCCUUGAACCACAAGUACAGAUGGAAACUCACUAGCUCUCUGUUUGUUUUCUGUUCUGUCCCAAUAGCAGCUCUUUUUUACUUCUGUUAGCAGAAUUCCCCCCCCCGCCCCCCCGCCGAGGUAUAUUGUAUAUUAGAGCAAAGAGAGUCCAGGCAUUUGGAUCACUGUCUUACGCCACUGAGUGUUCACCUGGGCAUGUGUCAUCCUGUUUCCUCCUGUGAGAGGAGACGGUAAUACCUACCUCACAGGAAUGUUGUGAGGAUUAAAUGUGAAGAGUCAAUGCA